AUGUCCGAAGAAAGCCAUGCACCCAUCACCGGCGGCUGCCUUUGCGGAGCAAUUCACUACAAGGUCUCCUUUCCGGUUGGCCCAGAGUCGGAAUGGCCUCCAGUUCCGCACAUCUGCCAUUGCACUCAAUGCCGCAAAAACACGGGGUCGCUGAUGGUCCACUUUUUCACCACCGAGCCCAGAACCGUCACCUGGUCAUCGCCGGCACCGACAUUCCGGGAAUACACCGCCUCGCCCGGGCGCUUCAGAGGCUUCUGCGACAAGUGCGGGACAUUGCUGACGUGGAGGAGCGAAGGCAGUCCAAACGAAAUUGAGAUCACAACGGGUUCACUUGAUGAAAGUGUGCUGAAAGAGUUCGGGGAUAUCCUGGCGAAGCCUACUGGAGGUCAAUAUUGGUGUAGAAACUUUAUAAAGGGGCUCACGGCCGUUUUUCCCGAGUGUGAUAGGUACACCGAAGGGCCAGGAAGUGCGAGGUGUUGAGGUGCGGGGCAAGAGCCUUCCCCCUGCGUUUUAAACACGGAGUAGGAUUAAUGGGGAUAACGAUGCCUUGUGGUGAUUUCUUCUAUGUAUUGUGGUUAGUUUUGUUGAAGGAGGUUUGGCGGCACGGGUAGUCUAAAAUUGUGUCUUUGAGAGCUGGGGUCGGUAUCGGUAUUUUGUU